AUGUCGCUCAAUCGGCGCCUGUACGUUAGCAACGUUUCUUUAUUCCUGUUCCCCGAUACAGUGGUGGUGGCGAAGCCGGCAGAGCACAAGAACUUUGUCGUUUUGGACUACUGUCUCUGGCAGUACGUAGAUAUGAGACUGCUACAGGACGAUUCACCCCUGCUCCCGGCGGGUAUCUCUGAAGCGGUCGGCAACUUCCGGCAAAUCUUCCGUUGCACAUUCAUGCAGGACCACGCCGGCCGUCAGGUGGAGCUCAUUCUAGCGUCAAAUUCAGCAGCCGAACGAACCAGGUGGCUGGACAUCCUCAAGCCACCGUCAACUUUCAUGGACGGUGAAGAAGAGCGGAUAUACGAUGCUUGGGAUUGUCCCCAGGUCCAUGCAACAGGACUUUAUCAAGCGCACGAAGAAGAUGAAAUCAGUCUGUUGAUCGACGACCUCAUCAACGUAUACAGAAAAAUGCCAGAC